GUGCGUCUGCCAGAGGACCAUGUGCAGCUUUCACUGAGGCCGUGUGCGCGACAGUCACCCAGACACGCUCUCGGCGAGUGCAUCGCUUGUUCGACUUUCUCGCGGCGGUUGCCCCGGCAGAAGCCCUCACCGCCCGCAUCGCCUGACGCCCGGCCCAGCCUCAUCGUCCAAACAAUUCUCACCUGCGAGACAAAGGCCAACCCCUGCCCUCCAGGGCCCUUCUGCGCCCGCCUUCCCCGUUCACCGUCGACGACUAGCCCAAUGGCUCACACCAGCGUCCCGGCCACCCACCUCUCGCCGACCAACUCGACUGCCGCCGGCGCCACGACGCCCUCGGUCCUCUUCAACCCACCCGACUCGGCCAGCCCGAGCAACAACACUUUUCUCAUGUCCGCCAGCCCCUCGCGCAACCGCCGAUCCGCCAUCGACGGCAACAAGCCCAACAUGAUCUCCACCAUCGGCGCCAAGCCCGCCUGCCUCGUCAAUGCCUCUGUCACCUAUGUUGGCGACGACCAGAUCUACGCUUUUGGGGGCUUCGACCAAUACACCGACGAAGUGUACAACCACGUCCUGCGCCUGAACCUGGCAACCCGUCAGUGGAAUCUAGUAGACAACUACGGCGAUAUCCCGGGGGUGCGCAUGGGACACACCGCAUGUCUCUGGCAAGGCAACAAGCUCCUGGUCUUUGGUGGUGAGAACGAACAUCGCCAGCAUCUCGCCGACGUCAUCGUCUUCGACCUCAAGACUGCACACUGGACACAGCCAGAGCUCCAUGGGCCCAUCCCUCGCGGCCGAGCUCGCCACUCUGCAGUCAUCUACGACGACAAGCUGUACAUCAGCGGUGGCCAAACCGGACACGACAGCGUGCUGGACGACAUCUGCUACCUCGAUCUCAAGACCUGGACCUGGUCACGCUCCUGGAAAUUCGUCCCGCGAUAUGACCACGCCAGCUGGAUCUGGAAUGGGCGCAUUUGGAUUUUCGGAGGAAUCAAUGACGACAUGGAGAAGAACAACGAAAUCUGGUGGCUCGAUCUUCGCGGCAGCCCCGAGUUUGAGCAUGCUAUGAAGUUCGGCACCGGCGACAGACAGUCACUCUCCUCGAGAUUCCGCUUCCGUACUCCCGCAACAAGCCAGCCCACGACUGGAACUACCGGUUACACAGCAAACUCGAGUGUCCAAUCAUAUCAUGGGAUGAACUCCAACAGAUCUCCUUAUGUUGCACCCGGUUCUGUCUCGUCGCUGAAGUUCCACUCGAGCCCCAAUCUGCCAUCGCAAGCCGCAGGCACGCACUUCCACGCCUUCUCCUCGGGAUGCCUGCUCGACUUUGUCACGCCCGCCGAGCUCAGCUGCGAAACGAGUUUGUCCAGCCUGGAGUUAGACACCCUUCGCUGGCAGAAACUGGCAGACGGAAAAGAUCUAUACAGCCCGAACUACCGCUGGCACUACUGCACGAUAAACCCUGAGGGCACCCAUGCAUGGCUUCUUGGCAGUCCUAUCGAGACAGCAGCCGACGGUACUCACAAUGGGGAAUACCUCAGCGACGUCCUCGCUAUUGAUCUACGAAAGUACGGCAUACUGGGCAACGAGCUCGCAUCUGACACGCAUUCAAAGAUGAUGCCUUCGUCUGACGCCAACGCUUCCUCGCACCUGACUGGUAUCGGCGCCGAUUUAUCUUUGACGUUCGAUCAAUCGCCAGAGACAGGUAGCGGAGCGGACUUCAUCAUCACUGCUGACCCAGACGAUGAUAGCAAUGUCGACAACACUUCCAUUGCCGACUCGGCUUCGUCGACCGUGGUGGCAGCCACGUCUCGUCCCAUACACGUUCACAAGUUCAUCCUGCACGCUCGCUGGCCGCAUUUUGCUCGACUCUGGAGUGCACAGAUGGCCGAAUUCCACUCAAAGAAGAUGCACAUCCCCGAACCAUACUCUGCUGUCCGUGCGUUCCUUUUCUACCUGUACACUGACAGCAUCGCUCCAAAUCCGCACAACGGUCCUACUCUUAGCGACGUCGCAGGCAUGCUCGUCAUGUCCAACAUCUACGAUAUGCCGCGUCUCCGACUGCUCUGCGUCAACCGUCUGGGCCGAGAACUUGAUGUCGAGCAUGCAGCAAUCAUCUGGGAGCGUGCUGCUACUGCUGGCGAAGACUGGUUGAAGCAUCGAGCGGCUUCUUACUGUCUGCACAACUGGGGUCGAGUGGUUCGCACGGCUGGCUUCAAGAGCCUCAGUCCGGAUGGCAUCACUGAGCUUUGUUGCGAAGCUACCCCCGAGUCGCGCGUCGUGGGUGGCGAGGACCUUGAACUGCUGGGUCAGAUCACUGGUCGUGUCUUCAAUGGCAGCAACCGAAAGAGGAGCAUCGGCAGUGCCGGUGUUUUGACUGGUGCUGAUGAUGAUGGAGAGGAUGACUUGGAGGAUGAUGGUAUGGAUGUUAACUGAAAUUAGCGUUGUCAGCGUUUUUUGUUUCAAACGGCGAGCAUACCUUGCGCGGCGCUGGAUCUUUCUAGCAAGGAGAGUGAAUGUCUGGAUUUAAUUUGAUCAUGCAUUGCGCGGGCAUUGGGCAAAACCUUGGGGAUCCAGGUUACGACGGACGAUACCAUGAAUUCGCGAUUUCAUAUACUAUAUAGAGUAAUGUUAUGUUUGUAGAUAGUACCACUCCUUGCGCUGUUAGCAGCGAUGACUCCAUUAUACGAUUCCUCAAUCCCU